CAGCAGACAGUCGAGUGCAACCGUACAUAGUGACAGUGAUGUGAUUGUUCCACUAUUAAACUCAGUGAUUUUCAGAACUAGGUGUAUGAUUUUUUAUGGGAUUAUUUCAAAAUGAUCUUGAGGAAAUUCUACUUCCGACGAGUCUUACUUUUAAGUUUGCACCUGCUCAACAUCGCCUUAGCUCAAAAUGAUAAACCAUACGACGACAAUGACUGGAUACCAAUCACACCCACGAAUCCACCAGACAACUUAAAGAAAGCACAAGGAAGAGUACUAAAUCUCGACACGCCAAGUCAAAAUUACUUCCCCGAAAAUGGAUACCUGGGGAAAGGUGUUCAACCACAACACGCUCAAGACGCCACGUUGUCGAAAGCAGGAAAUGUGCCACAUCCCAAACUCGGACAACCAUAUAAGUUUGAGCCAGUGUUGCCAUUGCAGCCUCCCCAGUAUGUUCAACAGCAAACACAAUUUGUGCAGCCACAUUUACAACCUCAGUUCAUCUCACAAGUUCAACAACUUCCAUACGUCCAAACGCUGCAACAAGUUCAGCAUGCGCAACGGCCGAUCCAAGAACAAACUUUGAGCCAACAACUUGUGGCGCCACCUCAAAGUACCCAAAAUUACUACGAUACAAAUAAAAACCAACAGCAGUACGACAGCAUACCUCUCAACAAUAGCCACCCACCAUCGACCAACUUGGGGUUACUAAAUCAAGAGCUGUUGGGAGCUAUUCAGAACCAAAAAGCUAACGAAAAUGCCAAUCAAGUUCAACCUACUAUUACAGCGCCAAAAGAAAAAGAAGAAAAAGAAAGUGUACAACUUCUGUACGUUCCGUUGGAGAAUCUCCAUUCCGAUGAACCAUCCAGUCAACAAAAUUCAGCUCCCAGACGAACCGAAAGUCUAAGAAAAGAAAAAACAAUUCCUAGCAUAAAAAAUCACAAAUUAAGUCAGUUGACUAAUAUCGAGGGCGAUUUUAUUAAACAAGCCCUGGCAGCCCAUAAACUACAUCAACAAUUUAAACUGGAAGAACCAGUUCUGCUGGAAGUAACAUCAACAACACCUCAGCCUAAAAAAAGGAAACCGAACCAACCUCCACUGUCUGUGUAUAUGGAAAAGGAGGGAUCUGCAGAUGUUAAAGACGUCUUACAGAUCUUAAAACAAGCAAAAUCCAUUUCGGUGCAAGAUAGCGUAGGACCGGGUUCGCCAAAAGUUUUCGUGGGACCGUCAAACAUAGAUCCUGAAGGAUAUGUGAAAUUCCCGUUACCGUAUCUCUCGUCAGUUCAAGGCAACAGAAUUGAGCGAAAAGUGGAGCAGUUGCCUUUCUUUGUAGCACCUUUAAGUUAUAAGACUCCUGACGGUUAUUCGAAAAUACCUUUGCCUUCCCCCCAUGUUGGUUCGGUGGUUAUUUCGACCAAAGAACAACUGCAUGAAAAGCAUACUGAAUCGAGACAACCUCAAGUUGCUCAAACAGCUCAAAAUCAAAUCGUCCAAGAUUUUGACCUAAAGAACCCCUUUACGCAAUUCAGAGAAAGACCAGAACCUAACCCGUAUUUGAUUAGUCCAAAUAGCCCGCAAGCAGGUCAGAGCACUUUAUUGCAGUUUGAUAACGGUUUUUUGGGAUUUCCAGAUAAUGUUCCGCAAAACUAUGAAGUAAGUUCUUCUAAAGGAUUCACAAACGAUUAUCAAGAUGAUCCAAAAGGAAACUCUGAUGAAAAUUACAACGUAACUCCAACCAAGAGUUUUGUCCCAAAUUAUCAGCUAGGAGUACGAGAGAACUCUAACCAAUAUUAUGAGACAACUCCAGAUUACAAACCAACAGAAAAAACGAACGUAAGGAGCAGUUACCGAAUUCCCGAAUACCGAACAAAUGACCGAGAGGUUUCAAAUCAAAAUUCGAAGGAAUCAAUUAGAGAUUAUGAUAUUCCUUCUGUACUUGUCGAAUCAAAAACAAGCUUCACACCCACUUAUCGUGUAGAUCCAAAACUGCACACCUUUUCGGACUCUCCCGGACCAAAUUUUGUAACAACAAAAUCACCAGCCAAUGUUUAUAAUUUUAAUGAAGAGCUAGUUAAACUUCAAUUGACGACAACAACUGAGCCAGAACAAAUAAUCCAACAGUUCAAACGUGUACAAGAACCUCCACCCAAAGUCCCUGAAUAUAAUACUCGUGGUAGUAGUUUGCAAAAUCCUUACCGUCAAGUUAUCAAUCAAUAUGAAAUCGAACAAAUUAACACUCAACUCGGAGAUGAAAACACAGAAAGAAUCGAACCGAUUCGAAGCACAACACCUGCGGUAGUCGCUACACGAAAAUAUGUAGACUAUGAUGCUCCAACGACGGCUCGUAGUAGAUCUAGAUCAAGGCAUAGAGGGCGAACAACUACAACAUCAACGACUCCUAAUACCAUUGCUGAAGAAAAUUAUACCGUUUUGGAAGAAUUUGCCAUUCAACCCAAAACCAGCACAGUAAAAUAUACAACUGAAGUGGAAACAAUACCGGCAAAAGUUUAUAAAUUAGAACAACAACAAGAUGUGACACAAACUCCCGCUCCUGUAUAUAUUCAACACCAAGUACCUCUCAACACGCAGACUCUAAAUCAACAAGCGCUGGAUGAGCAAAUUUUACAAGGUGCAAGAUUGUCCACUAAACAACAACUUCUGCAGGACGAUACAUUAUCUAGGUUAAAUGCAAAUUUCGCGCAACCAGUUUCAUAUAAUAAUGCACCAUCUAGGCAAAGUGGAGAAUAUAGUCAUGAACUUCCAUAUAAUGUACCGUCUAGACCAACAACACAGUUUAAACAACAUCCUGUAGAGAGCAUUGCAUCGCCAAAACCAAGUUCAGAUUUUAGUGGAGAACUAAUUGACACCAAGAUAUCAAUCAAAGCAACUCCCCAAACACAACCUCAUGUUUCCGACAACGAAGAUAGCCGUCUGUCACCUUUCCCCUACAGCAGAGGACAAAAUGAGGAAGAGCAGUUGGUUCCAGUGAACCCAUACCUUCCUGGUUUAAUUAAUAAUUUGCAAGAUCAAGCAGUUCGACCCCUUUUAGUACCGAAUCUUUUGGUACCGACAACUGAAAAACCGACGACGAGCUCUCCACAAGUUUCAACGGAAGAAGUUCGUGUCACGACGACAACAACUGAAGCUUCACGAAUCGAAACUACAACUCUUCGAAGAAGUAGGGGUCGGCAAAGGGGUCACACUUCGAGAUACAGCUCUACGUCUGCACCUAGACGAUCGUCGAAUAGAAGACGACCUAGCUACACUAGACCUACCACUGAACGAGAAUACGCACGAACAACAACAGAAGCUGCAAUUGACUAUGAACCGACCAGAAGAGCAAAUACACAAAGGCAAAGAUUUAGGACAAGAGGGCGGCCUCUACCUACAGAACAACUAACAACUGAACGAAUUAUACAAACUACGGAAGAUAUAUUCAAACAGCCGUCAUUGGAAAGUGGAUUUCAAGGGUCUUCGGGCGAUCCGCAGUCAUAUAUGCAAUUCGAUCACGUUGUAGACGAUCAACAGAUAGUUACAAUCAAGCCUCAACAGGUCAGCGGGGAAACACCGAUUAAAGAAUAUCAUCAAGUCUACAAGUUGCCAACGCAAGCUGCGUCAACGGAGAGAAAUAUAGAAGAGAUCAGCAUUACGUCAGCGCCAGUAGUUGAUGUAAAAAUUACUCAUCCAGUGACAGAGAGAACUCAGGAGCCUGUUGUAAUAACAACACCAAAUGAGGGUUUGCGAUACAAUCGCCUCCAUAGCAAUAUUCAACCUGGUAGUGUUGUUUAUAAUGGCAGAAAUGAGGAAGUCACUUCACGCGCUCCAGUACGUACAAGAGUUCGAUCUAGAAAUAGAAAUAGAUUCAGCACAACUACAUCGAGGCCAAUAACUCCAAGAACAACGAUCACAACAACCUCCAAACCUCAGGAAGAAGAAGAGGAAGAAUUCUACGGGUUCAUUCGAAAACCCACUUUCAAUAAACCGGCGCCUAUAAUACAAACAACUACUCAACAUUCGCCUCCACUUUAUUCUGCGACGUAUCAGGAACCUGUAGGGACUCUAAUUCAGUUGGAAGAGGAUGGUCAAAACCCAGAGAAUGAAUUUACAAGUAGCCCAUCUCCAGUAGAAUUUGUAGGGCAAAUACGACCCAAAUUUACAACCACAGAAGCUCAAGAAUACUCAACCGUGGCUCCAAAGGUAAAAUCUAGAGCACGAAUUCGUAUUCCUAAUAGAAAAACAACACCUCAAACACAUCAGUCGUAUAACGAAGUCAAAUCGCAGAGACUUGACGAUCAAGUAACUAGAAGGAGCAGCAUAAUUAGAUCUCGCAGUCGUGGAAAGAGUCAUUUUAAACCACCCGAACGUGUUAACGUUAGAGAUGACGAUCACGAUGUUGAAGGAGGAAACUAUCCUGCAGCUUAUUUGAAAAAUCGAGAACUCACUACAGAAAAACCAGCAUCUUUCCAAAUCACUAUCGAUCCCGCGGAGGAAGAAGUGGAAGACGAUCAGGUACCUCAUUCGUCGCUGUAUAGUCCCCAGAUCAUAAGAAAUACAGACACGCAGUGGGUAGAAGCAUCGAUCUUACCAGCACCGAACGAUCUGGAAAUUGAGGAGAAACUGCUUGUAACGAAUUCAGAUGAACAAACGACGAUGUUCAAUGCACCAGCCGAAGAAGAAGAAGAAGAAGAAGAAAGCAAAACUGACGGGAUCGAAACAGAAAUUCCAACAACAACAAUAACAACAACAGCAGAUAUAGUUAAAGCAACCACUCGAAUUAGAAGGAAAAACGGAAGAAGGCGAGGAGUUUGGAAAUUGGUUAACCACAAACCCGUAGAUUCUUUUGAAACUGCUGAAUCCUCAAAUUAUUAUUCAGUUUUAAAUGCCUUUGACAAUAUCGAAAAGAAAGUGAAAGACGAUUAUGUAAGGGAAACCACUUCAACAACAAUAACACCAGCUACAACUAUUACUGCUGUUAAUAAAACGUCACCUAAGAUCAAAUUAACUAGGCGUCCAGUUACUACAACUACGGAAAGUAGCAUUUUCGAAGCACUGUACAAUAUGUUGGGAUUAGCUAGCAAAGCUAGUCAAUUACCACAAAGCAAAACUAAAGUGAUAAUACACAGAGAAGAGAUUACAACAACAACGGCGUCACCAACAUUCCCCGAAGAAUAUACCGAACAAACAACUCUAGACAUAAAGCAAACUGAAAGGACCCACGCUGAGGAAACAUCAAUUGUUCCCCAAACGACACCCGCCACAGGAACCUCAUCGACAGAAGUUUUAUUAAAAAGUUACGAUGCAGAACCAGAGGAAACACACGAAGUUAAAACUUCAACAUCGACGGAAAUUUCGCACGAGACGGAAAUCUGUUACAAAGGAAGAUGCAUUAAAUCAAAAGACGAUGACGACCCCCGAUUAUAGUGAAUAUAUUUGCUGUGUAAAUAAUUUAAUGUGUGUUCAGUGAAUGAUUAAUUAUUAUGUGUGAGAAUGAUAUUAAUUAUAUGAUAAUUAUAUAAUUAAUUUUAGAGAAACAAAAGUUUUUUAUGUACGACGAAGUUAUGUAUUUAUUACUUUUUUUUUGAUAUUGUAUGUAAAUCCAAUAAAUGUAUAUAAGCGUC